AUGGCGCUGAGAGGGCAUUGCUCGCCGCAGUGCCCUCUCGCUCCACCUUCCUCGUCGCACUCUCUGUUCCCCACCGCCGCACUGCAUGUGUGUGCGCGCGCGCCCUCCAGUGCCCUAUGGGCAGCCUUCUCUCCGCCUCGUCUCGUCUCGCUUCACCCUCACCAACUGCCGUGUCCCCGCCGCCUCGCCGUCGCACCCACACUGCCUAUUCGUCCGCCUAGCGCCGCGCCCUUUCUCCGACUGCUAAGUGUCCCCGCGCGCCCCACCACGGGGACCUUUCGUGCACCCCGCGCGUCCGCGUCGGACCCGCGCGGCAGGGUGCCUGCGGAGUGGGCGGACGGGCCCGGCGCAGCGGGCACGACGCUGUACGACGUGCUGGGGCUGGCGCGGCGCGACGCGUCCAUGCACGACAUCAAGGUGGCGUACCGACGCGAGGCGCGGCGCUACCACCCGGACAGUCGCGCGGCGGGGCUGAGCGAGGCGGAGAGCACGCGGCGGUUCAUCGCCGUGCAGCGCGCGUACGACGUGCUGUCGCACCCGCAGCAGCGCGCGCAGUACGACUGGGAGCUGCUGCACCCGCUGGUGGCGCGCGCACGGCAUGGGGGCAGCAGGCGGAACGGGGAGAUGGGCAUGGGGGCGGAGAGACGGUGGCGACACGGGAUGCGGCGGCCGUGGAUGGGGCAGGCGAUGUGGGACAGCGUGGAGGAGCAGCUGGAGGUGAAGGCGGCAUGGCGGCAGCAGUGGCACGCGCAGCUGGCAGGGCUCAGGCACUCCCGCACACAGUGCUGGCAGGCGGGCAAUGAGGGGGGCGAGUCUUGGGGUGCAGCAAGGAGGCGAGAGCAGCAGGUGGAGGUCGGGGAGAUGCCCAACAGCUGA